GCGCAACUUUCCCUGCGGGGCGGGGUGGCGCACAGUCCGGCGCACAGCGCACCGCAGCCACCUACCCUGCGCGCACCGUCCUUCCUCCUCUGCUCCGACAAACAUGGGUGUCGAGAAGGAAAAGCUGGAGACCAGCAUAAUCAUGGACGAAGAUGAGUUUAACAGAUCCAUAGAGCCUAUUCUGUCGAAAAAGGGAGAGGUGUAUCCAACAGCGCCGGACAGGGAUCCAAAUGAGAUCAACAGGCAUCUGAAGGUGAGUUUUGAGGAUGUGAUCGGAGAGCCAGUUUCCACCCACAGUUUCGACAAAGUUUGGAUAGGAAGCCACGCAACCUUCGAGCUGGUCAAGUUCUUCUUCUACCGCCUGCUCACCACUCUGCUGGCUGUGCCCAUGGCUUUUAUACUCGGGCUCAUUUUUGGAGUGCUCAGCUGCGUCCAUAUCUGGUUGGUGAUGCCAGUGAUCCAGAGUUGUAUGAUGCUACUACCCUCAGCGCAGAAAAUAUGGCAGAGCCUGACGGACAUUUUCGUAACACCGCUGUUCCACAGCUUUGGAAAAUGUUUCUCCUCCAUUCAGGUUCAAAUAUUAGAAAACUGACGUAGUCACCUCUGUGCACCAAGGAAGAAAAUACCUUCUUUUGGAGAGAGUGGAGUUUUUGGAAAGAAAAAAAAAAAACUUAAACUUAAGCUCUUAUAAAGUAAAAUGUAAAGUACAGAAAAAAGUUUUUUUUUUAAAUGCAUGGGAAAAAAGAAGAGGAAGAAAGAUAUAUCGAUUUUUGGCCUGUUUGGGGCUUUUACUACCUAAUCAUCCUUUGCAUUUAUUUGGUUUUAUUUUGGUUUAUGAAAACUGUUUUUGCUGUUUUCUCUGAAGUAGAAAAGUCUUGCUGCAUAGCUAGUAAAAUAUCUAUUGGCACAAGAUUGUAUGAUAGUCAGAUUCCACAAUAAAAUGAAGACUGCUGAAUUAAGUGCUAUCUAGGUGCUGUUAUCAGGACACUGUCUGGUGAAGUGUUAGCUGUUGUUACACAUUCAAUACUCUUCUUUUGAAAUUUGAAGGGAACAGGUUUAUGAGUUUGGGCCCUUUUGUGCUGAUGGUGCUAAAUAAGAAAAAAAAGCUUUCUGAGUGUUUGCAGUAAGAAAAGGUGCAAAUCUUUAACUGCUUUUAAUAUAGGUGACAUCAUUUAAUGUUGGUCAGCAUUUUGAGACUAUCACAGCUGGUUAACUGUCAGCCAUUGGCAUCGGUUUUACAGUUUCCUAAACUGAAGGACCAUUUUGUGGUUUUAAAAUUCAAAGUGUAAAACUUUUAA